AUGUACGUUGACGAUGUGCUCUCGGGAGCUCACGACUCCACAUCGGCAAUCGAAUCGUUGACACAGCUGAUUGAGUUAUUGAACUCGGCAGGGUUUCAACUCAGGAAGAUUACUUCGAAUUGCUCGGAGAUUCUCAACUCAGUUCCUGAGGAUAGGGUCUUGGACUCGAAGUUUCUCAAGUUUUACGAGACCAGUGGUACGAAGACGCUGGGCGUACAAUGGAACGCACUUGAGGACGGCUUCUCUUAUAGAAUUGAUCCUCCUGGACAUUCACUCUCGAUUACGAAACGCCAAAUCUUGUCGGCGGUGGCUAAGUUAUUUGAUCCAGCAGGAUGGAUAUCCCCAAUUAUCAUCCAGGCAAAGAUAAUAUUACAACAGUUAUGGUUAGAGGGCACCGGAUGGGAUGAGAAUGUUAAACCAGGUACCCUGCUGAAGUGGAAUCAGUUCGUAGAAUCGCUCCAUUAUACAUCUCAGAUCAAAAUUCCUCGAUGGGUGAAUUUUGCUCCACUGUAUAAGACUCAGCUUCAUGGAUUCUGUGACGCCUCCGAGAAGGCAUAUUGUGCUGUUGUUUAUAUACGAAUAGAUUCAGGCGAUUCCGUGCGGACCCACCUCUUGGUGUCCAAGACCAAAGUAGCCCCAAUCGACCCCCUGAGUUUACCCCGCUUAGAACUUUGUGGCGCAGUGUUACUAUCCCAAUUAAUCAAACAUGUUGUCAAUGAUCUGCCCCUUCAUAAUUUUGGACUUUAUUUCUGGUGCGACUCAUCCAUUACGUUAGGUUGGCUGGGGAAACCUCCACAUACAUGGAAGACCUUUGUGGCAAAUCGAGUUGCGAAGAUCAUUCGGAACGUAGGGAAUUCUGCAUGGCGCCAUGUCAGGUCUAGUGAGAACCCUGCCGAUCUAGGAUCUCGUGGUUGCUCACCACCAGAUCUCAGGGACAAUUCCCUUUGGUGGCAUGGGCCCAAAUGGCUUGGGGACCCGGAAGAGGAAUGGCCGAAAUCGUCUAUUCCGCUGGAAGAUCCACCGGAAGCGAGAAGGUUAGACUGCUUUCACAUUGUUGGUGAUGCUGAGGAUCUGCUGAGGAGGUUUUCACGUUGGGACAGGGCUAUUAGGAUAAUCGCAUAUGUUCUACGGUUCUCCAGGGCAUGCAGAACGGGGGAACGUUUCGCAGCCGUGGAAAUCUCAUGUAAGGAGUUCGCAGAUGUAAAAAAACGUCUUAUUCGAAUGACGCAGCGAAACUACUAUUCUCGCGAAUACCAGAUGUUGAACGAAACACUAAAGGUUCAUAGGAAGAGCUCCCUCUAUCCUCUUCAUCCCUAUAUUGAUGAUGAGGGGAUAAUGCGCGUGAAUGGAAGAAUAGCUAAUUCUCACCUCUCGUUUAGCGAACGCCACCCCAUCAUUCUACCAGUCGGCUCUGACUAUUGCAGACUGUAUGUAUCCUAUAUACACAUCGUUUUACUGCAUGCAGGGAAUAGCCUUAUGAUGAGGACAAUUCGUGAAGAGUAUUAUGUCUCUAGAUUGAGAUCUACAAUUAAGAAAUGUAUUCGUCUUUGCAAGACGUGUGUUAUUUAUAAACGAAACGUUCAAUCUCAAUUGAUGGCCGCUCUUCCCAUGGAGCGUAGCUCAUUCUCUCCUCCAUUUUCCUUUACCGGCUUAGACUUUGCAGGUCCCUUUUCUGUUAAAUCUUCCAACUUGAGACAGGCUAUUUAUCAGAAAGGCUACGUGUGCCUCUUUGUAUGUUUUAGCACGAAGGCGAUCCACUUGGAACUAUGCUCAAGUCUCUCCUCCGAAUCCUUUUUGGCGGCAUUCACCCGCUUCGUUGGACGACGAGGUCUUCCAAAGAAAGUAAUGUCCGACAAUGGGACUAAUUUCGUCGGAGCGGAAAGGAAAUUACGAUACGAUUUCCAUCGGUUUUUGAAUACAAUUCCCAAGGAUUUAAUAGAGAAAUACGCAGCCCACGGAUUUCAAUGGUCUUUCAUUCCCCCGAACGCGCCCCACAUGGGGGGCCUGUGGGAAGCAGGUGUAAAGUCCUUCAAACUACAUUUUCGCAAAGUAGCUCAAAGUCAUAAAUACACGUUCGAGGAAUUCUCGACGCUUCUUGUGAGAAUUGAAGCGGUGCUUAACUCCCGACCUUUGUCCCCAAUGACCGAUGAUCCCCUUGACGUCUUGGCCUUGACUCCAGGUCAUUUUCUACGAGGAUCACCUUUAGUUGCCGCGCCAGAGAGUGUUUCUGACGGAAUUACGUAUUCAGAUCGAUGGGAGAGACUCAAAGCCCAACAACAUGAGUUUGCCCAACGGUGGAAGACCGAGUACUUGCAGGAACUGCAGCGCCGUUAUAAAUGGCAAACUCCUCAGGAUAACCUUCAACCUAAUCAACUUGUUGUUAUCAAGGAUGAUCAAUUACCCCCAUGUGAAUGGAGACUUGGCCGGAUAAAGGCCGUACAUUGUGGGAGUGAUGGAUUGGUUCGAGUGGUGGAUGUUCGUACAGCAAACGGGACCAUCACAAGAGAUAUUACGAAAAUAUGUCCUUUAUUGUCCGAAGCCCAGACCGGGACCCAGAAACCUUUGUCUCAGGACUAA